AUGAAGUCUAACAGUGGCUGCGUGUUGGCAAGACAAAAGAAGUUUCCAUUGGAUAUGGUCCAGGCGACAGGAAAACAAGUCCUUUUCAAGCUGUCGGAAAUACCAAUAGAACAGGACACUCAAGCUAUCGAACUUGUUGAGAUGAAGUUUUCCCAUUCACUUCAAUUCAAUGCUGUCCCAGAAUGGUCAUCUCAGUAUCUUACGUAUUCCUCUCUUAAGAAACUCAUCUAUGCCCUUCAAAAGCAAACGUUAAUCGAGAAGGCUCAGGACGAAGAAUCAUCGUUGCUCGAUCCAACUGACCCAAUCCAGAUUUUCACCCAGGCUCUUGAUAAAGAUCUCGAGAAAAUCGACAAGUUUUAUCAAAGAAAAGAGGCAGAAUUCUUCGAGGAUUUGCAGACCUUGGCAGACGAAGUCGAGGAAUUUCAAAAUGAGGUAAAGUUAAGAAACGAUGUGAUGUUCAACUCCGAAGUAUUUGUGGACAAUGAUGAGCAGCAAGAGUCGGCCACCGUUGAAUCUCGAAAAAAACAGAAAUUGGCGCUCGAUGAAGCUCUCAGUGCUAGACCAUCGUUCAGCAGAUUGUCGUCGGACUUACGUGAAAGAAGUGAUUUGUUAUCACACCAAGCCCCAGAAAUCUAUGGAGAUGGUAAUGAUGAUAGUGAGGAAGAUGACGAUGAUGACGAUGACAAUACUAAUUUACUCAAAAAGAAGAAAUCUAAUCACAGCAAACUAGAUCGUACCCUCAGCAACCCAUUGAAAUACUCACUAAUUAACAGUCUUCAGUUGAAAGACUCUUUCCUUAUUUUGUCAGAUAUCAAAAUCGCUCUUAAGAAGAGAAUCAUUCAGCUAUACACUUCUCUUUCUGAGUUGAAAUCAUUCAUUGAAUUGAACCAUACUGGUUUCAAGAAAAUCCUCAAAAAGUUUGACAAAACUCUUAUAGUUAAACUAAAAAAUCAUUAUAUGGACAAUACUCUUAUUGAGCAAUCAUAUAUCUUCAAGCCUCACACCUUGGAAAUCCUCAAGGAAAAGAUUGAUUCAACUAUAAAGCUCUAUGCAACCGUCUCCACCAAUGGUUCAAUGACCGUGGCAGAAAAUGAAUUGAGUAUGCACUUACGUGAGCACGUUGUUUGGGAACGUAAUACCGUUUGGCGUGACAUGAUCAAUAUCGAAAGAAAGUCCCAAGCAGCUAAUAUUUUCAAUACUACAAAACCUGACUCGGUGGAGAAAUCUGAUGAUCAAGCGGCAACUAGCCCUUUGACCUCGGUGUACAGUGUGAAGAUCGUGGUUAUUUUAUUGACCAGUAUUCUUCUUUUGUUUGUUUCUCCAUUUGAUGAACCUGAACAGCGCCACUGUUUUUCGUUGCUCAUUGGUGCCUCGAUGUUUUGGGCCACAGAAGCGGUUCCACUUUUUGUCACUUCUCUCGCCAUGCCAUUAUUUGUUAUUCUCCUUAAAGUUCUUAAGUACGAUGAUAAAUCUCACACAAAUUAUGGUGAAGCAAUGACCGCCACCGACGCUUCUAAGUAUAUUUUGGGGACAAUGUGGUCUUCAGUUAUCAUGCUUUUAUUAGGUGGGUUUACUCUUGCUGCGGCAUUGUCAAAAUACUCAAUCACCAGAAUUCUUUCUACAAUGAUUUUAUCCAAAUCAGGUACCAAUCCUAGCGCAAUCUUGUUGACAAUCAUGUUAAUUUCAUUGUUGGUGUCUGCUGUGGUUAGUAAUGUUGCUGCCCCAGUUUUAUGCUACUCAAUUAUUCAACCGUUACUCAGAACAUUGCCAACACACUCAAAUUUCGCCCGGAGUUUGAUUCUUGGUAUCGCAUUUGCUAGUAACUUGGGAGGUGUCUCCUCUCCGAUCUCUUCACCACAAAACAUUAUUGCGAUCGAGUUAAUGGACCCUCAACCUUCUUGGAUUCAAUGGUUCCUUAUUUCCGCCCCAGUGUGUCUCAUUUCUCUCGUUUUGAUCUGGAUGUUUUUACUCGUUUCAUUCAAGGUUAACGGAAAUGGUAAUGCUACUGGUUCAGACAAUAGUGAAGAAGACUCUGAAGUCAUUCAGAUUGCUCCAAUCCAAGCAUCCACUGAAAAAUUCACCCCAGUUCAAUGGUUUAUCAUUGCCGUUUCGAUAGUGACCAUUAUCCUUUGGUGUUUUGCCAACCAAUUAUCAUCCGUAUUUGGGGAAAUUGGGGUUAUUUCCCUCAUUCCAAUUGUUCUUUUCUUUGGUUCAGGAAUUUUGACUUCAGAGGACUGGAAUAAUUUCCUUUGGACAAUUGUGGCCCUCGCCAUGGGCGGGAUUGCGCUUGGUAAAGCUGUUUCGUCAUCCGGCCUUCUUAAUACUAUUGCCAUAGUGAUUCAAGAAAGGCUAAUCACUGGUCUUGAAGUGUACCAAGUAUGUCUUAUCUUUGGGAUUUUAUGUCUUGUUAUUUCAACGUUUAUUUCCCAUACUGUUAGUGCGCUUAUUCUUUUGCCAUUGGUCAAGGAGAUUGGUCAAACCAUGAAAUUCGAACUCGAAGAUGGUACUACGGGAGAUUAUUCUCGUUUACUCGUCAUGCUCAAUGUGAUUCUUUGCUCAAUUGCCAUGGGGCUUCCAACCUCCGGGUUCCCUAAUGUCACUGCGAUUUGUAUGACUGAUCAGGUGGGGCGUAAUUAUGUCGAUGUUAAGACGUUUAUUACUAGAGGGGUGCCUGCCAGUGCUGUUUCUUACGUGGUGGCUGUCACUGUGGGUUACCUUAUUAUGUCGGUGAUGAAAUUCUAG